CGGCGGGCCCGGCCCCCCGGCGGCGCUGACAGACGUGGUGAGUCCGCCCCUCCGCGGCUCGGCCCCUUCUCCCCGUCCCCGGGGAAUGGAACGGACGGAUGGGUGGGAGACUAGGUAGGUGGAUAGGUAAUUCUAGAAGCUAUGGAUAUACUCUUCAGAAUAAGAGGAGGCUUGGAUCUUGCAUUUCAGCUUGCAACUACUGAUGAGGCAUCAACAAAAAAGGCAUUAGGAUAUGUUUUCAGUGAUCUUGAAAACAAACUGUCUUCAGAGGUUCUUGUAUUCAGAAUUUGCAACAGUUCAGUCUAUGUGUGGCCUAACAAUGGUAUGACCACAGUUCCAGAGCUGACUGAUGAGUCUGCAUGUAAAGAGAUCAGACGAUUUAUACAAUUUGAUCAAGAUGAUGAGACCAAACGAAAGCUUGGCAAAAAAAAGGAUAAAAAGUUACAGGAUACGCAGCAGAUAAUCAAUGUAGACCUCAUGCUGGAAAUGACAUCUUCAUUAGCUGCUUUGGCUCCAGUCAUUGAAAGGGAAAAGAAGGAACACCACUACAUAAAUAUGACAUUACCAGUUGAUGUUGUUGUAUCUGUUUCUCCAGAAGAGCCAUGGGGAAAGGUACAAAAUCUCCUAGUGAAAGCAAUUCAUGGGCAAUUAACUGACAUGGAAAGAUGUAUCAUGAAAUAUGUGAAAGGAACAUCAAUUGUGGUACCAGAACAAUUUCAUUUCAUGUUACCAGGAAAAAAUCACCUCGUAACAGUCUCAUAUCCUACGGGUAUUUCAGAUGAUCAGCUGGAAAGUUACAGAAAGGAAUUGCAUGGGUUAUACAAUCUGCCUUGUGACAGACCAUAUUUCAAGAGAGCAAAUGCUUAUCAUUUUCCAGAUGAACCAUAUAAAGAUGGAUAUCUCAGAAAUCCACAUUUACAUCUUAGUUCACCUGGCAUGGAGUCUGGUAUGGUUUAUUUAGUACAAGGUGUAUACAGUUACCACCACUACAUGCAGGACCGCGUGGAUGACAGCGGCUGGGGCUGUGCCUAUCGCUCUUUGCAGACAAUCUGCUCUUGGUUCAAGCACCAAGGCUACGUGGAUAGACCUAUACCAACACACAAGGAAAUUCAACAGGCACUGGUUGAUGCUGGAGACAAGCCCGCAGCAUUUGUUGGGUCACGGCAAUGGAUUGGUUCGAUUGAGGUACAGCUUGUUUUGAAUCAGCUUUUUGGAAUAACAUCCAAAAUAUUAUUUGUCAGCCAGGGUUCUGAGCUAGCAUUGCAGGGAAGAGAACUUGCUAAUCAUUUCAAGACUGAGGGAACUCCAAUUAUGAUUGGUGGAGGUGUUUUGGCUCACACGAUAUUGGGAGUGGCUUGGAAUGAGACUACAGGGCACAUUAAAUACUUGAUUCUAGACCCACAUUACACUGGAGGAGAAGAUCUGCAUGUUAUUUUGGAAAAGGGCUGGUGUGGAUGGAAGGGCCCGGAGUUUUGGAACAAGGACGCCUAUUACAAUCUGUGCCUACCUCAGCGACCAAAGGCUAUUUAAAUUCACUCUCAUGCUGAAUGCGCUGAGACAGAAUAGCUGAUCUAGAUAAAACUCUCCUGUUAUUUAUCAAAAUAAUGCUUCAAGUCUAUCAAAACCCAGGUGAAAUAGAAAUGUUGGUUGAAUGACUUAAAUUAAGAAACUAUUCUUUUUUAAAUGAAACCUCUAGAAAUAAGUUACCUGCUUUGAACUGUAUUCCUUACAAAUGCAUUUAUUAGGCAACAAAUACUCUGUACUUUUCCAUAGCACAACUUUAGGUUUAUAUAGUAUUUCCUCUUCUGCUAGAAUCUCUAUAGAUUAAAUGCCAAAUCCGUUUGUUUUGUGGAAUUCUUUCAUGACAGAAAGAUAAACUGUCCUUUGCCUUUCAAGUUCCACUUAGCCAUCUGUCUUGUCCAUUAUGAAUCUGUUCAAAGGCCUUGUUUGUUGCUGGUAUUCUUGAUGAAACAUUUUAGGAGUGGGAAAAGAAGUGGAAAAGUAGCCAUAUUUACUAGAUUUUAUUAAUUUUGCUGUCAUAUUUACACAGAAAAAGCAAGAGAAUUAAUUUUUCUAUGCUCAUUUAUUUAUAGCUGAAUGAAAACAAGUAUUCCAGGUGAGAAAAAAAAAAUACUCACAAAAUUCUUCUGUAAGAAGUAACAAUAAACAAGCUUUCCUCCUUCUCAGAAGGAGACAGUGUCCCAGCACACA